AUGAACGAGAAUCGACCGAGUAUUAUAGCUCUCUAUCAAGAGCCAAACAUAAAUCAGAUUAACGAUUUCAAGUACACAUAUCGAAAAGCAACCAUUAGUGAAUCAAUGAACUUGAAAUUAUAUUUAAAAACAUUUUGGAUGGAUUAUCUCGUUAUAAUCAUUCUAGGAGCUAUUGGACUUGGUGUUAAUGUUCUUCGACCCGUGCCUAAUCGUCUAUUUCCUGUUUAUUUUCGUGAUGGUGAAAUUGUAAAUCCAGAAUUUGCCUAUCCAUUUCGUAACAAUAUUAUUCCCUCUUGGUUGGAUGGUCUUAUCGCUUUUAUUAUUCCAUGUAUGUUUAUUAUGUUAAUGCAAAUUCGUGUUCGUAGUUUCAAUGAUGCUAAUACAGCUAUUAUGGGCUUAAUAUUUAGUCUAAUUACUGGAGCCGUUUUUCAAGUAUUAAUCAAAUGGUUAAUUGGUGGACUGAGACCCCAUUUUUUCUCUGUAUGUAAACCGAAUAUUACACCAGCUAAUAUUGGUAGUGGAAAUGGCUUUAAUGGAAUAAUGUUUGAUCGUUCUAUUUGUACAGGAGAUGAAAAACAAAUAAAUUUUGCUCUUUCAUCAAUGCCAUCAGGACAUGCAACUGCCGCAUUUGCAGGAUUUCUAUAUUGUUCAUAUUAUCUCAAUGGAAAAUUAAAAAUUUUUGCAAAUUAUCGUCCACAAUAUUGGAAACUUGUUUUAUUUUAUACCCCUAUUCUUGCUGCAGUUUUAAUUGCUGCUUCUUUAACAAUUGAUCAUUAUCAUCAUUGGUAUGAUAUAUUAGUAGGAGGAAUUAUUGGAUCAAUGAUAGCAACAGGUGCAUACAGAUUUCAAUAUGCAAGUAUUUGGGAUUAUAGAUUCAAUCAUAUACCACUACCUAGAAUAGGAGCUGAAAUUGGUUAUGAUUAUGGUCUUGAAGAGUUUAAUGUGAUACCAGGAUCAAGAAAAGGUGGUUGGAAUGAAACAAAAAGUCAAAUAUAUGGUGCACCGUUUGAUGCUUAUAGAAAUGAAGUGAAAAAGACGACUUCAUAUGUAGAUGCGGGAGUGUGA